CGCUCGUUAUUUUUGUUCAGCCUAGUGGAAGUGCGUGACGUUGUUGGAGCCCAUAAAAAGAUGAGGUCCUGAGUGCUUUGGACCGGAAUGGCACCAGGGGACAUGGUCCCGGAGCACGGCAAACAGCAGAAGCCCAGGGAGAAGCGGCAGCCCAGGAGCUCUGAGAGCGAAUGCCAGGCCGACGGAUCAUUCAUCUUCGAAGCCAAUGAGGCCUGGAAGGAGUUCCACAACUCGCUUCGGCAGUUUUACGCAGCGGGAGAGCUCUGUGAUGUCACACUGAAGGUGGGCAGCAAACUAAUACCAUGCCACAAGCUAGUGCUGGCUUGCGUGAUUCCCUACUUCAGGGCCAUGUUCUUGUCGAAGAUGGCCGAGGCCAAGCAGGAGCUUAUUGAGAUCCGGGACUUUGAUGGGGAUGCCAUUCAGGACCUGGUGGACUUCGCCUAUUCAUCACGUUUGACAUUGACGGUCGACAACGUGCAGCCGCUGCUGUACGCGGCGUGCAUCCUGCAGGUGGAGCUGGUUGCACGGGCCUGCUGCGAGUACAUGAAGGCGCACUUCCAGCCCUCCAACUGCCUGGCGGUGCGCACCUUUGCGGAGAGCCACAACCGCGUGGACCUGAUGGGCAUGGCGGACCGUUACGCGUGCGAGCACUUCUGCGAGGUCGUAGAGUGCGACGACUUCCCCUGUGUCUCGCCGCAGCAUCUGUGCACUCUGCUCUCGUCCAGUGACCUCAAUAUCCAGUCGGAGACCCAGGUCUAUAAUGCUGCUGUGAAAUGGCUGAAAGCCAACCCGCAGCAUCACGACACCUGGCUAGACCAGAUCUUAGCCCAGGUGCGUCUUCCACUGCUGCCUGUGGACUUCCUGACGGGAACUGUGGCCAAAGAGGAGAUGAUCAGAUCGAACUUGAAAUGCCGUGAUCUGCUAGACGAGGCUCGAAACUACCACCUGCAUCUGAGCAACCAGGCCGUGCCUGACUUUGAAUAUUCACUCCGCACUACGUCCAGGAAGCACACAGCAGGUGUGCUCUUCUGCGUGGGUGGUCGAGGCGGCUCUGGAGACCCCUUCCGUAGCAUCGAGUGUUACUCCAUCACCAAGAACUGUUGGUUCUUUGGGCCGGAGAUGAACAGCCGGCGUCGCCAUGUCGGUGUCAUUUCUGUAGGAGGAAAGGUUUACGCUGUUGGAGGUCAUGAUGGAAAUGAGCACUUGGGUAACAUGGAAGUGUUUGACCCACUUACCAACAAAUGGAUGAUGAAAGCAUCCAUGAACACAAAAAGGAGGGGAAUUGCUCUUGCUGCUCUCGGGGGUCCCAUCUAUGCCAUUGGUGGCCUGGAUGACAAUUCGUGCUUCAACGACGUCGAGCGCUAUGAUGUUGAUGCGGAUCGAUGGAGUGCAGUGGCCCCCAUGAACACCCCCCGUGGAGGGGUGGGCUCCGUAGCCCUAGGGAGCCAUGUGUAUGCAGUGGGGGGCAAUGACGGCGUAGCUUCGCUCUCCAGUGUGGAGAGGUUCGACCCGCAUUUGAACAAGUGGACAGAGGUGAAGGAAAUGGGUCAGAGACGUGCCGGGAACGGUGUCAGCGAGCUCAACGGAUGCCUCUAUGUCGUGGGGGGUUUCGAUGAUAACUCUCCUUUGAGUUCUGUGGAGCGCUUUGACCCUCGAGUGCAUCGCUGGGAUUAUGUGGCUGAGUUGACCACCCCCCGAGGCGGUGUUGGUGUGGCCACUGUCAUGGGCCGUGUCUUUGCAGUGGGGGGGCACAACGGUAACAUUUACCUCAACACAGUGGAGGCCUAUGACCCGCGCAUGAACAGGUGGGAGCUGGUGGGCUCUGUGUCACACUGCCGUGCCGGCUCUGGGGUAGCCGUAUGCGCUGCUCACGUCAGCCAGAUUCGGGAUGUCGGCCAGGGUUCCAGCAAUGUGGUUGACUGCAUGUGACCUGCUCCUUGGAGAGGGGCGGAGCUUGUGUGUAACAGCUGGACCUGGCAGCAACAGCGCUGUCAUCCAGCUGCUUGACACGCCCUUCACAGAAUUUUUAUUAUAUAACUUUUUUAUUUUUUUCCGUUUUCGGUGUUUGCUUCAGGUUUCAGGUCGUGCCACACAAUCUUUAGUAGUAGUGUAACUUCAGUAAUCCUAAUAACCUGUGUUUCCUGGUGAAGCAAAUGUGAGAUUACCAUGUCUUCAGAAUAGCCCUCAAACAGUCUUCAAAAUGGUCUGAGCUGUAAUACAUUUGGAGCUGAGUGAAUGGUGGCAUUUAAAAUAGUGAAACAGCAGGUUCUUAUAAAGACGGACCGCCACGUCAACAUUUCAGAUGCCUCGUGGUUGGCUUGUCGUGGCAGUAUCCAUAUGAUUAUUAGUUACCAGCUUUAGUUAGGAGACAAAUGACCGUAGGAAAUGGAUGCAGUAGUGUCAUAAUAUUAAGUUGUCUAUUAUAAGUUCUCGAUUUUUUGAAUGUGUCAGUGUUUAUAUUAUUAUCAAAUGUAACAGAUUUUUACUUUGAACAACUAUUAAGUGGAGUUUGAUGUGCUUUGCGAGUGAACAAUCAUUCUUAAUCUGCGUCUGAUAUUAGAAACGGGCAAAAUUCAAUGUACUGUACACA